AUGAAGUUUACCUCGAUUCAGGCUGUUGCUGCGAUCGCUGUUGGUGUUGGCCCGAAUGCGGUGGCGGCUUGGGGAAAUGUUGGACAUGAGACUAUCGGGUAUAUCGCGAUGUCUUUCAUCGGACCAGAUACGUUGUCUUUCGUCAAGUCGUCCCUUGGAUCGCAGUACAACUUCUCCCUCGGACCCGCCGCUCCCUGGGCGGACGAAGUCAGGUCGGAGAAGGAGUUCGCGUUUAGCGCCCCGUUUCAUUUUAUCGAUGCUGAGGACUCCCCGCUUCAGGACAUGUGUUCUGUAGUCCAGUCGAGGGACUGUGGUAGUGAAGGAUGCAUUCUGUCAGCCAUCCAGAACUACACGACUCGUCUUAUCGACACGAAGUUAGAUGCGGAGCAGAGGCAGGAGGCGCUUAAAUUCGUUACUCACUUUGUCGGCGAUAUUGGCCAGCCUUUGCACGUCGAGGCGUUAGAGCUCGGUGGCAACGAUAUCAGUGCAGUUUGCGAUGGCGCGAAGACGAACUUGCAUGCUGCCUGGGACACCGGCAUGCUAGUGAAGAAUGUCGACGCCAUCCACGGUGGGGACCCUCAAGUAUACGCCGCCGACCUCGUUUCUAGAAUCAACACCGGCGACUUCAAGUCCCUAUCCGCCAGCUGGGUCAGCUGCAUCACGUCCUCUGCGCUCAGUUCGACCGCCUGUCCUCUCGUAUGGGCGAAAGAAGCGAAUUCGUUCGAUUGUUCGGAGGUCUUCACGUUCACGACCGGCGAAGAUCUUUGUAACUCUGCAUAUUUCACGUCUGCUAUCCCUGUUAUUGACCUGCAGCUCGCUAAGCAAGGGUUCAGGCUCGCGAAGUGGUUGGACGCGAUUUUCGAGUAG